GGCGGGUGCUCUUGGCGCAUGCGCAGGAACGGCCGCCGGCAGUUCGGAGGGGAGGCGCCAUUUUGGGCCUGUGCGGGUCGGGUGGCGGCGGCGGUGUCCGGAGGCGGCGGGCCCUAGCGGCGAGUUCUGCCCUGGGGCUUUGCCCCGCCGCCAGCCGCGAGGGCCCCGGCGGGGAGGCGGGGCCGGGCCCGCCAUGGAGAGCGAGUACUACGGCGGGGACCAGUCAGAUGAUGGUGGAGCUACUCCAGUGCAGGACGAACGAGAUUCAGGAUCUGAUGCUGAAGAUGAAGUAAAUGAGCAGCAUUCCGGAUCUGAGAAUGGAAGUGUAGGGCAUCAAUCAGAGAAUGAGCACAGUGAUGGAGAAGAUGAUGGGCAAAUAGGAGAGCAUCAUAUGACAGACUCUGAAAAUGAAGAUAUUCCGAGGCAAAAAGACAGUGACUCAGAUAAUGAGGAGCCUCCAAAUCACAAUAUAAGUGAUUCAGACAAUGAAGCAGCUCAUGGAGGGAAAGACAGUGAUUCUGAUACUGAGGACCGUCCAAAUCAGCAUUUAAGUGACUCUGAAAAUGAGGAUGCCUUAAAUCAUCGAGUGAGUGAUUCUGAAAAUGGAGAACCUCAAAGGGAUCAGAGCAGUGAUUUUGAAAAUGAGGAAUCACAGAAGCAGCCGGCCAGCGACUCAGAGAGCGAGGAGCUCCGCAAGCAGCCAGCCAGCGACUCAGAGAGCGAGGAGCUCCGCAAGCAGCCGGCCAGUGAUUCGGAGAGCGAGGAGCUCCGCAAGCAGCCAGCCAGUGAUUCGGAGAGCGAGGAGCUCCGCAAGCAGCCGGCCAGUGAUUCGGAGAGUGAGGAGCUCCGCAAGCAGCCGGCUAGCGAUUCGGAGAGCGAGGAGCUCCGCAAGCAGCCGGCCAGCGACUCGGAGAGCGAGGAUGUUUCCAGACGCAAACAAGAAAUAGAAUCUGAUGAUAGCGAUGGGGAGGACAGGAAGGAGGAGGUGCAGAAUGAUUCUCAUCAUUCAGAUAACGAACCUGUGAGAGAAGGAUUUCAGGGCUCCGACAGUGAAGAGGAUGGUCCUAAAAGACGAAAAAUAUCAGACAGUGAUGAAGAGGAGAAAGAGGAGGAGAAGACAGUGAAAAGGAAAACAGCUGUACUUUCUGACAGUGAGGAUGACAAUGAGAAAACACCUGCAAAAAAAGUACGAAUUCUUUCUGAUGUUGAAGAAUCAGAUAGUGAUGCUGCUUCAGAGAAAUCUGACAAAAGGAAGAAAAAUACUGUAUCAGACAGUGAAGAAGAAGAAGAAAGGAAAGAGAAUGCUGGGAAGAAAAAAGAAGAGAAAGAUCUGUUUGGAAGUGACAGUGAAUCUGGAAAUGAGCAAGAGAACCUGAUCGCAGAUAUUUUUGGAGAAUCUGGUGAUGAGGAAGAAGAGGAAUUUACAGGUUUUAACCAGGAAGACUUGGAAGAAGAGAAAGCUGAAACAGAUAUGAAGGAGACAGCAGAUGAGUCAGAUUCUGAUGAUAACAUCAAAAGAGGGAAGCAUAUGGACUUCAUGUCAGAUUUUGACAUGAUGCUGCAACGAAAGAAGAGUAUGAGUGGCAAGCGCAGACGAAACCGUGAUGGUGGGACUUUUAUUAGUGAUGCAGAUGAUGUGGUCAGUGCAAUGAUUGUUAAGAUGAACGAAGCUGCCGAGGAGGAUCGACAGCUGAAUACACAAAAGAAACCAGCACUAAAGAAAUUAACUUUGCUGCCAACUGUAGUUAUGCAUCUUAAAAAGCAGGACCUCAAAGAAACUUUCAUUGAUAGUGGUGUUAUGUCUGCUAUCAAGGAGUGGCUUUCUCCUCUUCCAGACCGAAGUCUGCCAGCACUAAAGAUACGAGAAGAGCUUCUGAAGAUCCUGCAAGAGCUGCCCAGCGUGAGCCAAGAGACCCUGAAGCACAGUGGGAUUGGACGAGCUGUGAUGUACCUUUACAAACACCCCAAAGAGUCGAGACCUAACAAGGAUAUGGCAGGGAAGCUAAUCAAUGAAUGGUCUCGACCCAUCUUUGGCCUUACCUCAAAUUACAAAGGCAUGACAAGAGAAGAGAGGGAACAGAGAGAUUUGGAACAGAUGCCUCAGCGGAGGAGACUGAGCAGCUCUGGUGGUCAGACCCCUCGCAGGGACCUGGAGAAAGUGUUAACAGGAGAGGAAAAGGCGCUCCGACCGGGGGACCCUGGAUUCUGUGCCCGUGCGAGGGUGCCAAUGCCCUCCAACAAGGACUACGUGGUCAGGCCGAAGUGGAAUGUGGAAAUGGAGUCCUCCAGGUUCCAGGGAACCUCUAAGAAAGGGGUGAGUCGACUGGACAAACAGAUGCGGAAAUUCACAGAUAUCAGGAAAAAAAGCAGAUCGGCCCAUGCAGUGAAAAUCAGCAUUGAGGGCAAUAAGAUGCCAUUGUGACCCUUCACAGAAUACCCCAUGACCUCUGCUGUAAGACACACACCCAUAGACUCUUUGGAGACCUUUAAAUUUUUUAACAACUUGUUUGGGUUUUUUUAGUGAAUCUUUAAAUUGUUGGUUCAGGUUCUGGUGUAAGAUGUUGUCUGAGGACUGUGAAUAUGGGGACUACUUUCUCCUGAUUGUAUUUAAACUUGCUCUAUUGUGUCCUUUGUACAGAUCAAGUAUUUGUUGUAUUGCAACACUUUAGACAAUAAAACAUCCUUCUGUUUU